UUUGAACACAUACAUACUGUACAUUGGUGUCUACGAAUUCAGUUGAUAGUUAAAAGAGACGAAAUUAAAGAAUUUAGGGAUUAAUAAACAUUAAUGAGUCAUGGAACAUAUAAAUGCGACAGAUAAUGAUAACGAUAAUCGCGAAUUAGUGCAAAGCAAUGAGGAAAUUGAUAGAAUCUUGUCAAUUUCAUUAGCGCCAAGAAAUAUUUCAACUGGAUCUCCAAACAUCCAGCCUCAACCACAACCGGCACUUCAAAGGUAUUGUUGGGUAUGUUUUGCAACAGAAGAAGAUGAGGAUUCGGCAGGACAUGAAUGGAUUAAGCCAUGUAAUUGUAAAGGAACAUUAAAAUGGGUACAUCAAAACUGCUUACAACGUUGGGUCGAUGAGAAACAGAAAGGAAAUAGCUUUAAGCGUGUCCAAUGUCAACAAUGCCAAACUGAAUAUAUUAUUGUGUUGCCAAAUAUGGGAGUCCUAGCAGAUCUUCUAGAAGGAAUUGAUAACGUUAUAAGACGUUCCUCGCCUUUUAUUGCUGCUGGAAUCUUUGUCGGGUCGUUUUAUUGGACAGCCGUUACUUACGGUGCCAUAACUAUUCUUCAAGUUGUUGGACAUGAGGAAGGACUUAGAAUACUAGAAGACACAGAUCACAUUUUCUUAAUGGUAGCUCUUCCAGCCAUACCCGUUUGUUUAGUCUUAGGACGUAUGAUUAGAUGGGAGGAAGCAAUUCUUCGUUACUUACAAAAUCGUCAAAGGAAAAACUUUCGUAUGUUGGGAUUAAUUCUUCCGAUUCCUGAAGACAGUGAGAAUAAUUCCCAGCAAGACAAUAAUCAAAUUUCUCGUAAUAUUUCUGAUACAUUGUCGACGACUCGAGUCUUAUGCGGUGCUCUUCUAUUGCCGUCGAUUUCAUCAAUCGUUGGACGUGUUUUAUUUAGUAGUGUUAAGAACAAUCUUCAUAGAACUUUACUCGGAGGCUUAGCAUUCGUUACCUUUAAGGGAAUGCUCAAAAUUUAUUUUAAACAGAAACAAUUUUCAAGGAAGAAACAACGUAAAAUUGUGGAUUAUACUGAUGAAAAUAUUCAACGUUUUGGAAAUUCUCGUUCAAUUCAUGAGCCAUGAGCAGUACAAUAACAAUUUUAAUUAAUUGUGGACCAUCCGCAAUCUGAAUUUGGGAUAAAUAAGAA